CACACAUUGCACAUUGAACAUAGAAUCGUACGACAUGCCGGGCACAUCUGGCCGGCAUGGCAAUCCGUCGGACUUAUGACAGGGAGCGGAUUCGGCCACGAGUUCUUGCAGCUUUGUGAUGCUUACGAUGGCAUCGGGUUGUACAAUUUGCUUCAGACGACUACGAAAAACCUCGCGCCACGCUUAGAGGCAAAUGACGAGGUCUCGGCAGUGAUGGCUUGCACUGGCGAAACUGAAGAGGGGCUGGAGGCGACACUAUACAUGCUUAGAAAGUGGUCCAGCAGGUACAUGGAAAGGACUGCGAGGGUUCGUUGGAUGCUGAUGCCUUUGCUGUGGCUGGCUGCUCAGAGCAGGCAUCUUGCAGUGAAACUCGAUAAGGACGGCUCUCGAAGGUUUCGCGAACGAAUGGUGGAGGUGGCUCGUGAACUCUUCACAAAGCUACAGCAGGACAAAGACCGCAGGGAGGGGGCGUUGGUCAUUUGCUGCGAGCUGAUUCGCCUCUACAGCAGCCUGGGGCAGGCCUCCCAAUGCGGCUUUGUCCUUGCGACAGUAAGGGCUGCCGCCAAGCAUGAAGCGUUCGACCCGGUCAAGCUGCCCAAGUCUCUGUUGGUCACCCUGUACUUCCUCUGGGGCAAGCACAGUGUCAUGGCUGGAAAUGUAGAGGAGGCGGACGAGAAACUGCGCAAGGCACUAGCGCUGUGCCCUCCCAAGGCACAGGGCGAACUUGACUCGCAUGUGAAAUCCGACUCGAAGGGUCAAGUAGCUAGCUAGCUUGCUCGGUGUGGUGAUGGCUAGCUGCUUAGCUGCUUAGCUGCUUAGCUUUUGGUGUUUCGCAAAUUCGCGAAUGGCAGCAAAUGGCGCCGCGGACGAUGAGCCCAAGGCUAGAAGAAGUUGGUGGGAGGAAAGCGUGAUGCACUCUGAAAAGAGCUGGGCGCAUGGCUGGAGCAUCGACGGAUAUCCCUAUUUGAGCUCAUCUGCACAGUUCUUGCGACCUCCUAUUGGAUCUUCGGGUGCGCCUUCUCGAGCUCACCGGAGCCUCUCCGUGGGCCGUGAAGGCUGUGAGGGCCGUGGCCGUGAGGGCCGUGGCCGUGAGGUCUCGGAGCUAGGCCCGGAGGCUCUGAGUGGCGUGGAAGAGCUAGCAGAGGCCUUCAGGAGAAACGACCGGCGUGGGCUUCUGGCCGCAGUGCAGAAGCUGGGUGCCCUUUUUGCAGGCGAUGCCCCGCACCUGGCGCGGCGUGGCCAAGACCUGCUCACGGGUGAAAGCCGUGCAGUGACAGACUUGGAACGUGAGAUCCUGAAGCGCUUCGCGCUGGCGGCUUUGCGGGAUCCUGAGCGCAUGCGGGCGUUUGUGGAGAAUGGCUUGCCAGAGCUGCUUCAAAGCCAACUGCGACCCCAUCGCUUGAAGGCCGAGCUGACCCGCUCGGUUCGAGGCAUGGUGGAGGUCACUGCCAGUUCAAAGCUGACUCCCGAGCCUCAAAGGACGGCGCCUCAAAGGACGCCCACAUCUGGCGGAGUGUCUGCAGUAUCGCCCUACUGCCUAUCCAGCAAAGAUGAAGCCACUUUGUCUCAAGCCGUUCUGCAGUUGCCUUGGGGCGAAGACUUUGCGCGGCGCUGGGAGCAAGUUACCUGGCGGCGCCUAGGUGCAAUUCUGUUUGCCAGGCUGGAUUUGUGCAUGCAGAUGUUUGCUCAACUGAGGAUCUUUUCUGGCAUCCCGGGAUUUUGUAUGCAUCGCACCAAGCUCUACCACAGCACCGCUAGGGCAAAAGAAAAGCGAGGGAGGUUUGCAUUUGCGACUGUCAGCACUCGCGCCAAUGCACAACCCA